CGCAGCUGUUCGUCCUCACGUUCUUUUCCUCCCUCGACCACUACACACACCGACCAAGAACUUAGCAGUCAGACCGUAAACAAUGAGGAGACGUACGCUUUACUUCAUCAUCGGCGGCGUCGUCGUCGGCGCGCUUGUGACGUCGCUCGUCAUACUCCCGGCGGUUCUCCCCGGUGCGCUCGGUGGACUCGGUUUCACAGCAGCGGGUGUACAAGCAGGCUCCGCCGCCGCCGCCAUACACUCUGGGAUCGGUGCCGUCGCCGCCGGCUCCACCUUCGCGCUGGCCCAGGCAGUAGGCGCGGGCGCGGCGAUCCCCUUUGUGUGGACGAUGGGUGCAGCGAUCGUUGGCGCAGUCCUAGGAGGCGGGUUGGGCAAAUUAGCUGCUCGGCUCGAGCCCAUUUUGGCCCCUCACGUCGCGAACGUGAUGCGUGGAGCCCGAACGGUCGCGAGUCGUGCUGUGCGCAACGUGGGGCGCCUGGCGUCGUGGGUGAGGUCACGGCUCUGAAUGAUUGUUGUAACUCUGUUGUAUCAUUGAAGGAACCUUUUCGCUGCUCCCGCAAG